AUGAAAUCGAUGAAACCGUUUGACAACAUCCUUGAUCCGUUUCAAAGACAACAACUUUUGGACGCAUUGCCGCAGCCGUCAGCUUCAUUUCUUCAACGUCUCUACAGCACCUACAAUGCGAUUAAACAACCGUUUCUCGGUAAUGUUUUGAAUGUUAUCAAAGGGAACAACAACGCAUUUGAUCGUAAUUUGACUAAAAUCGCGAUGAAUUCCAUCCGAAAUUUAGCUGAGGAUGUCAAAGCAACAGUUGAUAGCAAAAGCAGUGAUGAUGAAAUCACGAAUAAUACGAUUUCAUCGGAAUGGAGUGGUGAAAGCCAACAAGAUGAUACUUCACGGGACAGAGACAACAAUACUACAUUAAGAGCUAAAAUUUCACAGCCUGAUUAUUACGAUUAUAUCGAUGAACAAGGAUCAUCAGCCAUAUCGCAAUCGAAUGAUGACACUACGGUCAUUAAGUAUGCAACUGCGAAUAAUCCCAAUAACGCAUCAGCAAAUGCGAAUUCAUCUCAGUCGACAAAUGAAACAUUACAAGCUGAUGAUAUGAUCUCGUCACAAACUGAUGACCACCACCAUUCAUCUCCCUACCAAGCUCCAAGGGUAAAUUCAUUAGUCUAA